GAUAAAAAUAUACACGUUCGAUUCAUGUGUUUCGGAAUAUGGAUGAUUUCAAUCGGCUUACACCAUCAACUCUAGUGGAUUUCACAUCACUGAGAUGUACUUCACACACGCAGUUCAAAUGCCAAUGUUUAUGUCGUAUUCCAUACUUGUUACACCACGAAUUGAUGUGCAUACCAAUGGAUACUCAAAACAAAUACAAAUAUGACCCAUGUGUUUCAAAAUGUAUCAAUUUCAAUUCUACUACACCAUGAAAUCUAAUGCAUUUCAUAUCACUGAGAUGUUCUUCACAAACUCAGUUCAAAUGACAAUGUUUAUAGCCAAUUCCAUACUUGAUACACCGCGAUCUCAUAUAUUUAUCUAACAAAUGUUAUGAACUGAUUCAAACAAACUUGAGUAGGCAUUCGAACCAUCUAAUUGUGUCACUCUUUCGAAGAGAAAGCACAUGUUUCGUAUAAACUAACUUUUUUCAGCUGAUAUUUUGUAGUAAUUUAAUGUUUUGCUAAAAUUCUGGUUAAAAACAAGAAAAAUAUUAGAAUUAAGUCGAGACACUGUAGCCAACGAAAUUCAUAUUGGUUACGGUGGUUGAAUUUGAUGGGUUAGUACUAAAUUAUGUUAUGGCAAUAAGUGAAGCCAUUUAACUAAAAAGAUCCAAAUUACAUUCUUAUAAAGAAUAAUCUAGGUACUUGAUUAUUUAUGAAAAGUCUUUAUAUUCAGCAUAUGUCUAUAUGGUAAUUCAUAGGCAGAAACAUCGGAUUAGAAAAUGUGUUCCUAUUGACAGAGCCCGAGUUCUGCAAAGAGAGUACACCAAUAUCGCAGCAAUCCAACAAAUCACAAUUCAACAAUUUUUAUCAGAAGACUCGAGAUCUCGGAACAUCGAACAAUUCAAUGGUCAGAAGCUCACCGAUACAAUAACCACCAUGUUAUUACCAGAAUGCCUCAUCAAAACGUUUAAUUAUUCCUUCGAAGAGACAUGCAUACCGGCAAGCUGGAAUCAACAUAUCAUGGCCAGCACAUACUUCUUGACAUUGUGGAUGACAAUGGAAUCGAUCGUAGGACAGUAAUGAAGCUUUUUGGUCCACUGAAGAUGGAGACGGCAAGGAUCUGUUCGAGUGUAAAUAUGCCAACGACAAUGACACAUGCUAUACAAACCCAAUGAUUCAACUUUAU